AUGGCACCGUGGCUCUGGCCGUGCCUCCUGGCCGCGCAGGCCCUGGCCGCCAACUUCCCCCCCCGGUACAGCCUCUACACCGGCGGGGCCGCCCCGCUCGCCCCCGGCCCGGCCGCGGCCCACAGCGGUGCCCGGGCCGCCAGCCGGCACAGGAACUGGUGUGCCUACGUGGUGACCCGCAGCGUGAGCUGUGUGGUGGAGGAUGGCGUCGAGAGCUUCAUCAAGCCGGACUAUCAGCCCUGCCCCUGGGGGCAGCUCCAGUGCCCCCGAGUCCUGGCGUACCGCAGCUUCCUCCGGCCCCGCUACAAGGUGUCGCAGCGCACGGUGUCGGAGCUGGCCUGGCGCUGCUGCCAGGGCUACUCGGGGCCGGACUGCAGCCAGGGCCCCGCUCCAGCGGCCCCGCAGCCCACCGGCCGCCCCCCGGCCCAGCCCGGCCGCCCCACGCUCUCCGGCUUCGGCAACCCCCUCAGCGGCCUGGGGGGCGAAGGCGGCGGGGACACGGAGAAGGUGCGGCGGCUGGAGGAGCAGGUGCGGCGGCUGAGCGAGCAGCUGGAGGAGCUGCGGGCCGGGCAGGAGCCGCCGCGGGCGGCCGUGGAGGGGCAGCCCGGGGGGCAUCAGGCGGCGGACGCGGAGAGGUCCGAGGUGCGGGAGGCGCUGAGCCACCUGCAGCGGCGCCUGGAGGAGCUGGAGAGCCGCCUGCAGCGCGCCGAGGGCGGCCGGGACGGCGCGGGGGCUCCGGGGGCCGCGGGCGCGGCGGCGCUGGACGAGCUGGAGCAGCGGCUGCAGGAGCUGUGCGCCGCCUGCACCGCCGGCACCGAGGGGCUGCGGCGGCAGGCGGCCGAGCACCGGGAGCGGAUGCGGGCGCUGGAGAAGCUGGUGGAGUCGGUGGACCAGCGCAACAGGGACGCGGUGGAGUCGGUGCAGAGGCACAUCAGCAGCCUGAGCAGCCGCCUGGCCCCCGCGCCGGCCGCUCCCCCGGCCCCGGACGUGCUCCGCCGCCUGGCCGAGCUGGAGCGGCGCCUGCAGGGGCUGCCGGUGCCGGCGGCGGGCCCGGGGCCGGGGCAGGGCCCGGUGCUGGCGCGGCGGCUGGCCGAGCUGGAGGGGCGGCUGAACGCCUCCCGCGCCGGCCCGUGGCCCUCCGAGCCCGAGGGGCGGCCGGCCGGGCUGCCGGGGCGCCUGGCCAACCUCAGCCGGGCCGUGGAGGGGCUGGCGGCCAGCGGGGCGCAGCGCGGAGCGCGCCUGGAGCAGCUCGAGGGGCUGCUGGCCCGCUGCGGGCCCCCGUGCCCGGCCGGGGACACCGAGGCGCUCUGGGAGCACGGGCCGGCCGGGAGCCUGGGCGGGCUGCGGGGGCAGGCGCUGGCCGAGGCGCUGGAGCGGCUCCGCAACCGGACGGGGCGGCUGGAGGCGGCUCUGGAGGAGCUGAGCGCCGAGCCCUGCGCCCGGCCCUGCGCCCCGCCGCUGCCCCGGCAGCCGGAGCCGCUCCCGCCCGGCCCCGCCGAGCCCGAGGAGGAGCCGGAGGCGCCGCUCGACGGCUUCGGCGUCUUCGGGGGCCCGUCCCCGUCGGAGCUGCGGGCGCUGCGCGGGGAGCUGGCGGCGGCGCUGGCGGCCCUGAGCGGCCUCAACGCCACGGUGGAGGGGCUGCAGGACGCGCUGGACGAGCAGGACGCGCGGCAGCGGCAGCUGAGCGCCGCCACCGACCGCGUGGUGGCCGAGCUGGACCGGGCGGCGGCGGCGGCGGCGGCGCGGCAGGCGGAGAGCGAGGAGCGGCUGGAGGCGCUGGCGCGGGAGCUGGCGCGGGCCGGGGGCUGCCCCGCGGGGCUGGAGCCGCGCGUGGCCAAGCUCGAGGGGGUCUGCGAGCAGCUGGAGGCCGUGGCCGGGGGGCUGCGCGGCCUCCGCGAGGGGCUGGGCCGGCACGUGGCGGGGCUCUGGGGCGCCGUGCGGGAGCUGAACGCCACGGCCCGCGGCCACGCCGCCCUGCUGGACAAGGCGCUGGAGCUGCCGGCCCGGCUCGGCGCCCUCAACGCCAGCCUGGGCCACCUGCGCGGGGAGCUGCAGCGCCUGGCGCGGCUGGAGAGACCCGGCCCCCCUGGCCCCCCUGGACCUGCAGGCCCCAUGGGCGAGACGGGCCCUCCCGGCCCCUCUGGGCCGCCUGGCAAGGAUGGAGAGCAGGGUCCCGUGGGCCCCCCCGGGCUGCCCGGAGAGAGAGGCCCGGUCGGGGAGCCGGGCUCGGUGCCCCGCGUCGCCUUCUCGGCCGCGCUGAGCACGCAGCGCUCGGAGCCGGGCACCGUCCCCUUCGACCACGUGCUGCUCAACGACGGCGGCGCCUACGACCCCGAGACGGGCACGUUCACGGUGCCGGUGCCCGGGCGGUACCUGGUGAGCGCCGUGCUCACGGGGCACCGGGGCGAGGCGCUGGAGGCCGUGCUGUCCCGCUCCGGGCACGGCAUCGCCCGCCUGGACUCGGCCGGCUUCCAGCCCGAGGCGCUGGAGAAGGGCCCGGUGGCGGCGCGGGGCCCGAGCCCCGGGGCGCUGGGCGUGUUCAGCCUGCUGCUGCCGCUGGCCGCGGGCGAGACGCUCUGCGUGGACCUGGUGUCGGGGCGCCUGGCGCACGCCCCCGACGAGCCGCUCACGGCCUUCAGCGCCGCGCUGCUCUACGGCCCCGAGGAGCCCUAG